GUCCAUGCGCUGAGAUGCUGUGCUUGUUGGUAAUGUAACAAAUGAAGUUAUCUCCAGCUGCGUUGUGGAGAGCAGACGUUGGUUAGUUGGCUAGCUGUGUGGUGGUGCAAGGCGUUUUCUGAGACCGCAGGAAACAAGGACAGGGACUUCAAACGCACUGGAGUAUGGAAUAUCUGGACAUUUUGCUAAAACAAUUCUGUAAAGGUUUUUCGAAGCAUAGAGUUCUCAUGGCGGCCCGUAUUCACUGUACGUGUAAUCUUUUAUCACUCCGUGUAGAUAUAGUAAAAAAUACGUAAGGUUUAGAGGUACUAGCUGCCUCGUUUAAGGUUGAGGUAGUCGAAAGUUCGUCCGAAACGUCUGUUAUGUUUACUAUUUAAACACAGUGUUUACCCAGAAGAAGUGAUCUGAAGAAUGUGACAGCAAGUUUCUCCGAAACGUCAGGUCCGAACUCUGUUCGUCAGUGGCCUGCCAAUGGAUGCGAAACCCAGAGAGCUUUAUCUUCUCUUCAGGGCUUAUGAGGGUUACGAGGGAUCGUUGCUGAAAGUAACAAGCAAGAAUGGCAAAACAGCAUCACCCGUGGGAUUUGUGACAUUCAACACGCGUGCAGGAGCGGAAGCAGCGAAGCAGGAUCUGCAGCAGGGCGUCAGGUUCGACCCCGACAUGCCCCAAACGAUCCGCCUGGAGUUUGCCAAAAGUAACACGAAGGUUAGCAAGCCUAAGCAGCAAGCAACUGCAGCCACCACGCACCCGUCUCUUAUGCACCAACUUACAGGACAUAUGGGGACUCCUUUCUUUCCGGGGGCUCCUGAACUCUGGCACCAUCAACUGGCUUAUUCUGCGGCUGCAGCAGCAGCAGCGGCAGAGUUACCGGGGGCAGCGCUACAACAUGCCACCUUGGUCCACCCCGCGCUGCACCCCCAGGUCCCCCAGCCCCCUCUGUCCAUCCCUCAUCCGACGGCAGCACUAACGUCGAUCCACGCAACGCUGCCACACUUCUUGCCGUCGCCUGCUCUGGCAUCGCCUGUCGGUUCAUCCUCGUCUCAGCCGGGCGUCGGGGUGAGCAAUGCGCCAUGCUCCACCCUGUUCGUCGCCAACUUGGGCCAGUUUGUGUCAGAACAUGAGCUCAAGGAGAUCUUCAGCAGUUUCCCAGGCUUCUGCCGCCUCCGCAUGCACACCAAGGGCGGGUCCCCGGUCGCCUUCAUCGAGUACCAAGAUGUACGUUUUGCUGCGCAGGCCAUGACCACCCUUCAGGGCUCCUUCCUGCUCUCCUCCGACCGUGGCGCCAUUCGUAUCGAGUACGCCAAAAGCAAAAUGGCCGAGGGACCCAAGGGAGAAGAAAAUGGACAAUUUUAAUUAUCCUUACUUACAACUUAGCACUUGACCUAGGCACCAGCUUUUAGUUGGAAUUGCCUUGCCAACAUCGCUACUGAGCCGUCAUACAGCAGAGGAAAACUCCAACCUAACAUCAAUAGAAAUGGCAUAAUACUGCCACUUAUGCAGUAGAUUAAUCAUUGAAAUUAUGUAUUAUUUUCUUCUUUCUUAGUUAUUUGCUUUCAUACUGCAGACUGGUCUGUCAGUGUAAUAAUUGUAACAUAAUAGUUAAUUAUUAAUAACAAGAUAUAAUAAAUUAUUAUUAAUAGCAAGGAAGGUCAACAUAUUGCAGAAUAAACAUUUUUGUACAGCCAAAGCCAGUGAUUUCAUGCCAUCGUGAUAAGGUUUUCAGUUAGGAUAUUACAUUGCUUUGAAGAGAAAAAUAACAAUCAGUGCAAUGGAAUUAUAAUUUCAGGUGAGUUUAGAGAACAUUAACUAAUAGUAGAAAGUUAAUAUAGCUUCUUUAAGAAGGAGUAUUAGAAUUAUUCACAAAAUCUGGGGACAUGAAAAAAAUACAUCCUGUAAUAAUAGUGCUGAAAGCCAUGCCUCAACGUGGCAGUAUAUUCCUAGAGAGUUAUGCUAAUAACAAAGAGAGUUUUGCAGAGGCUUGAAACCAAAGGUGCCCUACAUGCUAUGUUCUAGAUUUAAUUAUUAAAACUACAUGUAAAUGUAUUGUACUAAUUUUACAUGAUGAUGAUGAUGAUGAUGUCUGUUUAGUCCAAGUAAUCUUGACUCUUGGAAAUGAAAACCAAAUAUUGUACACUAGUUUACUGUAUGUUCAAGUGUGCAGUUAGAGGAUCUUGUUGUAGGUUACAACCAUUAGAUAGAAUAAUUAUCAUCAAUAACAGAGGUGACUUUGUGUUGAUUUGAUUAGAUUUAUUUAAAUAGAGAUGUAUACUUUUGGUUUGGCUCUCCUAAUAUAUUUAUUAUAAAUAGCAAUAAAUUCUCGUGCUAUAUCCAAACUGAUAGGAGGAGGAGAGACGUUGUUAUUUUUAAAUGUAUCAUGAAAACCAAGCUCAGAAUAUGGGUCCUACCCAUGCUGUGUCAUCCCUCACGGGCAGCAAUACAGGUGCAGGAGGGUGGACGCAGGAUACCAAAAUGAUCUAUUCAGGCAUAUCAUAUGAACCAUAUCAAAACCAGUGCUUUCUCUCACCUCCUCCUAUCAUCAUAUAUUUAAAAACCAAUGUAGUUUAAAUCAGUAUCUUGUGAACAUUAGUUUUAGGCAUUUUGCCAAAUUUUCUGGGGUAAAAUGUGAUGCGUACUUUCUAUGGUAGAAUAAUAAUUUGUAUAUAUCAUAUCAUUACUUUCAGUGAGUGUAAUAAUAUUGUAAUUCCUGUGACUAAAGUGACCACCUGUCUCUAGAUUAUAGCUCAUUUGUGUCAGCAGUUUAGCCUACUGGAUAUUUCCAAGAAAAGGUGGACAGAAAUUAUGGUACAGUUUAUUCAACUUAAUUUUUACCUGCAGCUUUAAAGAGUUCUCCUUAGGUGGUCAAAUAUUAACAGUUGAGGUUGCACCCAAUGUUAGAUUUGUACCAACUGUAUACAUUAUGUAUGUACCAAAGCCGAGACUGAAAGCUUCAGGUCUUAAGGACAAUCUAAAGGAAUGCUGAAGUUAAAUAUAAGAUGGUGGACAGCAAGAUGGAAAUACUGUGAACAAGCACCAUGCAAACAUACAAAUAAGGAGAGAAAAUUAUAGUGCUGAAAUUCAUUACAGAUGGGAAUAUGAUUUCUAUUUGUUAAUAACUUGUAGAUUCUUAUAAGAAAAGAAAAAAAGAUUUAUAGACUCUUAUUAGUAGUUGCUUUACGUGUAAGGUUGAUGUGAUAUAAAAUUAUGAGAUCUUUGGUAAGGGCCACUGGAGUGGGGGUACAGAUUUGGGAAUGUACUGGGGCACAUGUGAACAGAUAUUUUGUAGUCUUUGCUUUGCAUAUUUUAGUAACUUUAGCGAAGAUAUCUGAUAGAAAUUAAUAUAGAAAUUUAAAGUUUAAGGUUCAGAGUUAAAAGUUAUGCAUACCAGUACAUGUUCCAUUCUGAAGCCUCCUCUCACAGGUCCAUUUUGUAUGCAGAUUUAUCAGAUCUGUUUGCAUUGUGUAGACCCAGACACAUUUUUCAUAUGAUACAAAAUUACAUCAGAUAAAAGGUUGAAAACUUUAUAAAGUAUUGAUUAAUCUGAUGAGCACUUCAAAACAUAUGUUCACAAUAUAUGGCAAGAUUAAACUGCAUGUUAAAUAAAAUGUCUGCAUGAUCAUAACUUGAGACACAUGCAUAAUGAGGACGUCAGUGUUACCCGUUAUCUUAGUAAACAAAUCCAUGGUUGAAAUCAUAUUUUAAAUGUUAACCGUCUAAUUUUCCCUCCAGAAAAUGAAUAAUUAAGAAGAAUGAUGCUGAUGUGGUUCUGCACAGUGCAACAGAUCUAUUCUGGAAACUUUCCGUCCAUUGUUUGUCUCUACUGAAGACAAAACGCAGCUCAAUGCUACAGGGGAGGGCGGGGGCAAAUCAGCAUAAAUAAACAUAUCAGCUUAUCUGUUACGCAAUCCGAACCUUUUGAAUGUCAUUGUUUGUUCUUGUGUAUUUGUUUGUUUGAAUACCGCAACAGAACUAUACUCUUGUAAUAUAAAUGCUCGUAACACUUAUUGUGUGCGAGAUUGCAGUUUAAAUGGGGCUCAAAGGGUGGAGGGAACAUGACAACAGGACGAUUUUGUUCAUUGUCUUUGCAGCUUUUUCAACUGAUGAUUGAAAACUGUGCUUAUAAUAAAUAUAUAUUGGUUAAUGGUAAUAUUUUUUGUAAUGUUUUCUUGGGGAUAAUUUUUAAAUAGACUGCAGAACAGUAUUAUUACUUACAAAUAUAUGUUUAAUUAUUUCCAAAUGUGUUAGUACAAGAUGGUAUGUUGCCUCUUUUAUUCAGGGUACUUAACACGUUGCGCGUGGUUGAAAAUGUGAGUAUGCAUGAUUUGCGUGUUCAUUGCAAUCUAAUAAUUGAUGAAAGAAGGGUAUAAACUAAUCAGGGCUAAAACUGAAAGAUGAUAAAAGUACUGCCUUAUUCUGCUCGAGCUUUGUCAGGCAACAUUAUAUAAAUAGUGAGUGCGUGUGUGUGUGUGUGUUCUCAUGUUAUUGUGUGGUGUAUUCUGUGUAUUGCAAACUUCUAGCUAUAAUACAUUGCUCCCUUUAUCUCAUUCUGAAUGACUGAAGUUUCAUACUAUGGAUGGAAGGAUUUGUAAUAUGUGAUUUCUAUCAAAUAGAAAACACUACGUUACUCGCUUUGUUAUGUAUGACAUCCUAUAAUUUAAGAAUUUUUCAUUUCGUCCAGUGUUUUAAUUUCCUAGAUAAAUAGUGGGAAAAAAAAUGAAAAAUGUUUCUCAUACCACAUUAAUACCCAUCCAUAUUGAUAUCUUAGAUUUAGUAUUUCUUUUACAUUAAUUUUCAGUUACUGUGGUUUAUAAACAUUAACUGAUUUGAGUGCCUGCUAAAGAUUUGUUAUAUUGUAGAAGCCGCAAGUCUUUGAGCCCCAAAACUGUAGAAUCUUGUUGAGUCCUUGAUGUGUUUUAGAAGUCAUAUGAAAUGGUAGUAAAAGCAGGUAUAAUGUGAUAAUAUUAAUGGGAAAAACUGUAUAAAAAAUAUGAAAAACUAGCCAUUCUCGCCUUCUCUAAUUAACCUGCUUUAGAUCAUAGAUUAAAAAACAUCACUUUCUAAACAUAUCAUGAUCUGUGCCCCCUUAUCAAGUGACAUUCUUAAAUUCUAGCAAGUAAUUGUUAACUAAAGCAAAGUUUGAUAUAUAUAAAAACAAGAAUUUACAAAGAAAUAAAUCCUUUUGUGAAAAGAUAAGGAUUUUGAUGAAUUUCCUAUAAAAAUUAAUGUAAUUAUUACUAUGUAUUACUACGUAUAUAUUAUAUUUAUGGGUUUUUAAGUUUGUUACUAAGGUUUGGCAUAUCACUGUAUGAUAGUGCAUGUAUGUGUGUGUGACUGUGUGUGUGUGUUGAAAUAACUAUUGCAAUAUUUUAUUUGAAACAGAACAGAAAUAUAUACACAUAGUACUUGUCUCUUUCUCCAUGAAAGUAGAGGAAGCAAAAUGUAAUUCUUCUCUCAUAUGAUUUUAAGAGCUGCUUAAUUGUAACCUUGGUGUCAUAUAACUAAGGAAAUAAUAUACCAUUGAAAUGUUUCCAGAAAUAUGUUUGAAUUUUAAAUCUCAUCAUUUGAAUCUACACAAGAUAAUGUCUGGGGGCAUCACUGCUUUAAAGUGACUGGAUGAUUGCAUUUUUCUUUGUACUAUGAAAAAAUAACUGAACAUAACAAAACUGUCACUAGCAUAUGGUCAUAUCCACCAGGUAAUGAACAUGAUUUGUCCUCUUUGACAGAGUGUGUAUGCCUGAGUCCACUAAGCCUUCAUUUCUCCAGUGAAGAAAUUUAUUACUUUAAAAUCAAUUGUAAAUAAAUUUCUACUUUAUGGAGUUUAUUUAAUUUAUAUUAUUUUCAAAGUACAAGGAUUUCAUUCAGUACAUGUCCCAGUAAUGGAUACCAUUUACUACACUGAGAUCAAGUUUUCAGACUUGGAUAUAAGUCAUAUACCUGUAAUUGUAGAUAAAUGUGGAAAUCAUUGACUGAAGCAACAUAUGCCCUAUAUCAACAUCAUUUAAAAUCACAUUACUACUAUAUUUCAUAAGUAGCGACUUUUCAUUGUAUGUUGUUUUUUUUCUCACUGCAGAGCAAAUAAGAAAGACUGUUUAAUGUGGAUUAUGCUCUUCUGGGUUAUGAAACCAUGUAAACAUGUAGGUAGGUAAAGUGGUUUGGAAGAAAGUAUAGCCUCCAUCUUCAGGUUGGAAGUUGUAAACUACCUACAUGAUUUACAUGAUGCCACAACAUAAAAAUCACCGUCCAGGUUUUCACUGUGGCGCAAACCUUAAAUUUCAAGUCAUUAAUGUGUUUCAUACACGUAAAUGUUCCCGACAGUACAGCUGUACAAACACUCAGUAUUAAGAAGGUAUUGUAAAUAGAAACAUAACAAUGAAAGAAAUAACAUUACUUUAAUGAAGUACAGUGUCCAAAGUGUUACCAUUUUACAAGACAUUAUAUAUGUUUCAUAUCAAAAUUAAUAUAUUGACAAAGCUUCUGUAUAUUCUUUGCUCAUUAGUUUUAAUUCACACAGAUUUCAUAAAAUCAUUCUGUCUAAGUAUUUUAUUUUAAUUGGUGACACAUUUUUAUCCAAGCAUUGUAGCAAUUUAACAAGCACAGACUUAAAAAGAUGUAACAACCUCGUUAAGUACUGUAAUUUCAAGACAGGUCAAAGGUUGUAAAAAAAAUACUCAUCACAAUAAAUAGGCCCAAAAUUUAGACAUGAAAGACAUUAGAGACAGAGAGUUGUGGAUGCUACAAAGACGAUUUCUUAACUCUGGUUUGAACUUCUGUAUUGCAUAAACUGUGGUCCUGACAUAUAUUUUUUUGUUUGUACAUGUCCAAAUUCUAUGCUAUUUGAUAGUAUUACUAUACUUUCAUUUAAUAUUAGCCAUUUUUCUGUCCAUAUUGGCAGCAAGGCAUCCAUAAAACAUAUAAAAAGAUCAAAACAAUAAGAAAUGAUAAUAUGAUUAAGAUAUUUGUCAAAAAUAAUUAGUAACUGCUUUUCAUUUUUUAUUAUCCAUUUAUUAUUAUUUCAUGUUCUGUAAGUUUAAUCUUGCCCAUUAUUUACUAGCUAGGGUCACAUAUUUUGAUUUAUAAAAAUAUAUUCUCAUAGUCAUCUGACCACACUUCAUGGUUAGGAUUUUUUUCUUCUGCUGUUCCUGAAAAUACCUUCGUGUGUCUAUGUAACUUCAUUUUUAAACCCCAUAUUUAUAGCACUUUUAGAGUGCUUUGAUAGUCGUAUCAAACAGAGAACCAAAUACAUACAAGCAUACUGUGAUAUGAUAUUAUUUUCAGGUUCACAUUUGCUUUGCCCUCAUAGAAGAUUAUCAAUGCUUUUAAUUAAUAUGAACUCCAUUUUUACAUCAACUUUAAAUGCAGUAUUUGUUUUGUUCAAUAUAUCUGAUUUAAGAAUACAUAAUUAUAUUUUUUUUUCAUCUUUAGACCAUUAUUAUAAACUAACUUAUUUAUUCUUUAGAUACAUGUGUAGUAUAAGUUAAGACCUCAUAAUUACAUCCUCGGGAUUAGAAACCAUACAUGUUGUCCAGAAUUGAUGCAAAAAAUCCUGUAAUAAUUGUUACUGGUUUUAAAGUUAUUUUUCAACAUCUACAUGGAAGAAGUAUUAUAUCACAGAUUAUAAGGUAGAGUCAGAUAUAAAUUUGGUUUAAGUCCUUUUAGUUGUCUUCAUUUGCAAUGUACAGUAUUAAAGGGAAUUACAGGGUAUAAGCAGCAGAAAAAUCUGCAAAUCACUUGCAGAGUCUCUACGUUGCUUUCAGCUGUCUACGUUCAGUACAUUAGUUUCAAAGUGCUCAUCACACACUUUGUUCAAUUUCUUCUUUUACAGUAUCUGUCUCCUUCAGCAUUGCUACUUAACAACAUGUAAAAGGUUAUCUGAGAUCCUGAAAAGCAUACAAAUAGGAGUUCUUUCAGCUUUCACUGCAGGAUCAUUCCAGGUUAAAGGUCUUUUAAUUAUACCUGACAACCAUACAAGAAGAAGAAUUCUGUAUUCAGUCUGUGAACAUUACAAUACUUUCUCCCAAACUGGACAAGUACAGUGUAUUUCAAAAUUAACUUUAGUGACUCUUACUUAACAUAUACUCUAAUAAUUCUGAUCUUCUCUUAAUAUGAAUAAAUUACAUACAUCGAAGUGUUACAUGAACAUUUGUAUAUGUGAAUGAAUUAAUUUGUUUGUUCAAGUAAACAAAAAGGGAACAAUACACAAACAAUAAAGUAUCCUUUGUUUAAAAUUGUAUUAUCAAACAAAAUAUUUUGUUUUGCAUUUUUGCUCAGAGAUGUCCUCAUAUUGCAUUAUGUACAAUGAUACUGGAUUACUCUUUUCCAAAUAACAGUGUAACAAAGGAAAUUAGUUUUCCUAUGCACAAAAAAUAAAUAGCACCUGCACCAAAAAUCUUUUCUGACAAUCAGAUAUUGAACAGUGUUAUUUUCAGUUCACUGUAUGAUGCAACAUGAAUUCCUCCCUAAUUACCAAAAUAUUUAAUUUAGUCACUGUUUAAUGUGAUAUAUAAAUUAAUUUCAAACACAUUCCACUUAGAGAGUAGUAAUGUGAAAAUUUAUUUAACCAUGUACGUGUCAUGUUUUCUUUGUAUUUUACAUAUUCUGUUCUUCAGUAUUUUGGGCAUUUGUUGACUAUCAGUAUGAUUUACAUUCUAUGGAUAGACUGAGAUUAAUGGUUUAGAAUGAUAUGAAACAUACAGCCAAGCUUGUUAUUAAUAGGAAUAUCAGAAGGUAUAAACUUUCUGCAGCAAGUAAUUAUGCAGUCUUGUUACUGGUAUAUUUGUGUAUGUGUUCAUACUGCUUAGAAUUUUCAAUAUAAAAUAUGAUUUAAAAAGAAAGAAACUAUUUGAUACUAGUCAAAUGUGAUGUGUUACCAACUUGCCCCCACCCAUUCAUUAAAACAGAAAUAAAGGAAAUAAAAACUCAGUUUGGUCAGGUGAUGCAUUUCAGACAACAUGGUAACUACCCAAAGAAGUAUGUUGUUAUGAUUAGUUAUAAAUUGUAUAGGGUCCAAAGAAAGGGAUUAAUAAACAUGUAUAUUAAAAAUUUAA